AUGUGUUUUACCAAAAAGCUCCACUUUAGUCUCAUCUGUCCACAGGACCUUCUCCCAGAAGGAUGUUGGCUUCCUCAGCAGCGGGGUCCUCCUGGGUCUCCUACCAUAGCGUUCCUUUUCAUUGAGAUGAUAGUGCGAGCUGACACUGUUGUACCCUGUCUGCAGGUCAGCUUGAAGUCGUUUGAUCCAGGAACACUGAAAAGAUCUACCUGGAGACUGACUUCAGUCAAAACCUGUGCAAUAUUUGGAAAUAAUAACGCCAAAAUUAAGCGCCUAAGCCUUAAGAGGAGGCCCAGAGCUGCCGUCGGCGAUGCGGAAAAAGCACAAAGUGACGUUUCAUCCAUCCAGUGGCCUUCAGCAGAGUCAUCUAGCAGCGAUGACACAAGACUACUGGGAAUGUCCUCUGCACCCAAGGGCCGCCCUCCUCUUCCUCCACCUCAUGGAUCCACCGCUGAUAAAAAUCAUCCCAGGAAUGAUGGACCUCCUGUCACUAGAUCUCCAUCUAUGCAAAAACAGAACGCAGUGUUGGAGAACCUCAACCUGGAGCAGGAGUUAGCAAGCCACCUUCAGUCUGGUUCCCGCCGUCGACUGGCCAGCUUUGGAGGGGUGAGCUCGCCUGGCUCGCUUUCUCGCUUCACCGGUCUGGGUGCUUAUAAUGACCCCAAUAACAGUAGCAAACUGUCCAGCACAGGUAGCGAUAUGUGUGGCCACCUUGGCAGCAGAGGCAGCAUAGGUUGCCUCCAGGUGAGCCCGCAGAGCUCCGGAAGAAGUACCCCGGUGACAAGUCCCCAGCAGCUACAGAGUGUCCGGGAUCAGAUGGUGGUGGCUCUGCAGAAGCUGAGGGAGAUGGAGGAACAGGUAAAGAUAAUCCCUGUCCUCAAGGUGAAGAUCUUAGUCCUUCAGGAGGAGAAGAAGAAGCUGGCCUCUCAACUCAAGAACCAAAAUAAGGACACAGAGACGAGUACCGACGAAGGGGUUCUCAUCAAGGAGAAGCAUAACUGCUCCGACUUCAGCGACCUAGAUGAUGAGAUGAUGGCACUCGAAAGAGCCAUCGAGAGUGGACAUUUUCCAGCAUGGCAAGAAAAAAGCCACAUGAACGAUGAAGAUUCUGUAAAAGAAGCAAUGGAAAACAACAAAGCACGUAACACAGAACUGGAAAAAGAGGUUGAAUCUCAACAACAAAUUAUUGGCGCUUUAAAGGAGAAGAUACGUCACAUGGAGGCCGAGUUAAAGGAAUCUGCUCUCCAGGUGGAGAUGAGUCGUCUCAAACUGGAGCUUCAAGCUGCAGAAGCCAGAAACAGAGCUGAUAAAGCCUCCUCUGCCCGGCCGUCCACGGCGAGCAGCGGUACCCAGGCCGGGCCCCAAACUGCCAGCCAGGGGGUGGGCAACCACAUCCAGCUCAGAGACGCCAGCACAGGUGAUGUGAUAGAAGUGAAGAACGUGGCUGUGUCGUGUUGUGGGCCGGACUUGAAGAACAUAGGCUCAGGAUCCGAUCUACCCAUGAGCCACUGGGAGGUCAGAGAGCGAGUGGAAACCAAGGAGAUGGGUGCAGGAGUCCACAUUUCAACAAGCUCUCAAGGAGUCGGGGUGGAGGUGAAGGUUUGUGAGGCAGAAAGCAACACAGAAGCAUCAUGGGAAAAUCCGCAGCCUAAGAAUUUAAAGUCAGUCGCAUGUGGAGAUUGUUCCGUUAAUGUCAUUGUCCGUGAAGCAAAGAUCAUGGUCUCUAAAGGUGUGGCCACAGAUCCAGUCAAAGGGGUCUCCCUUGGACUCACGGCGUCAUCACAGCGCAGCAACACCUCACUCAGCUCUGUGUCUCGCUUCACUAACACCAGACAUGCCUUCAACAUGGACUCCAGCACCAACACUGUCCUCAAAAGCCAACACAAGCACACCAACACCUCCAAGGCUGCCACCACCAGGACGGUGUCCGUCGGCAGCAGGCUCAAAGACAUCAAGGGCAUCCCAAAGACACGUACAGUUGGCGUGGGAACGAGCCCACUGGAGGGAUAUACCCCUAAACAAAAUACUCGAGACAUUGGUGUUGGGUUUGCUAGCAUUUACGAAAACUUCCUGGUGGGACUUAAAACCCAAAACAUGGCCUCUGGACCGUCCCAUCUGCCCGACCCAUUAAAGACGAGAAGUAUCGGUGUAGGGGAGGGCAGGAUACGGGAUUUGUCAGGUCCAAACAGUCAAGAGGUUGCAUUGUCCCAGAAUAAUUCAGAGCUGGACGGUUGCGUAGAAAAAACUCCAAGAGUCCUCAAUGAGCGUGGAAAUCCUCUCACGGAGGCAGGGUGGAUUCACCACAACAACAAGCAGGGGAGCAACUCAACACUAUCAUCCAAUGACAAAGGUGGGGUCCAAGCAGGUGGAGAAGUCCAUCCAUUUGACUCAGCCAACAGAGAAAGUCAAGCUCCUCCUAAGAUGCCGGCAGACUCUUCUAAUUGCCACCAAACCGAUUCUGGACUGACUCCGCAGGGCGGUUACGACUCGGAAGUGAAAAGAAUGAUACAGCUGUUAGAACAACAGACGUCAUCCGCUAUGAGAGAGGAGACUGAGGGCUGCCAUAAAAUGGAGCUAAGGUGGCACCCAGAUCAGGUUGGCCAGGAGAAGAAGAAGAAUAAAAGCUGUUGUGGUCAUGUCAGCAGGUCACAAUCUGCAUCCUCCUUCUCUUGGCUGAAGCCCUCAGAGAGGUCAGGCUCCUCCCCGUCCACGUCUACUCUGUCACCAUUGAAGAAGAAGGAAGGAGAUCAAAGCUGCAGCAACAGCAGAAGAAACAUGAGAUUCAUGAAGGUGACCAGUGGGUUGAACCCUGUGUCACAUGACAAAAAGGAGGCGGAGCGAGGGCCAAUCAGGAAGUCUCCUCAGGAUGUGGCAGCAGCCAGACGGCUCAAGAGCGUCACCAGCAAGGCCACCAAAGGCUCCCCAAAAUCUCAAAUCACCAAGAGGUGCAAGUUCUCUGAGAAGAUGCUGUCAGCGUGCCAAGCCCUGAAGACACACCUCAAUGAGGGCAAACGUUUACCCAGCAGGGAGUUGCGUGAGGUGCAAGAGGAGUGGAUGUCAGUGUCGAGCAGCAAGAGUGCGAGUGCAGACUUGGUGGAAGAGUUCAUGUCCAACUUGAGGAUGAUUAGUCCCUGGCUGCUGCGUCACGUGGUCAACAUGGCCGACAGCAACGGCAACACAGCUCUGCACUACAGCGUCUCACACUCCAACUUCCACGUGGUGCACCACCUGCUGCUGGAUGGAGACGUGUGUGACAUCAACAAACAGAACAAGGCAGGCUACACGCCCAUCAUGCUGGCCGCCCUCGCCGCCGCAGACCAAGCAGAAGACAUGAUGGUGGUGGAACAUCUCUUUGACAGAGGAGACGUCAACGCUAAAGCUAGCCAGGCUGGUCAGACGGCUCUGAUGCUGGCGGUCAGUCACAGCCGUGUGGACAUGGUGCGAGCCCUCCUGGCCCGCGGGGCAAAGGUCAACCUUCAGGACGACGAGGGCUCCACGGCGCUCAUGUGUGCCAGCGAGCACGGACACACCGCCAUGGUCAAGUUGCUGCUGGACCAGCCCGACUGUGACGCCAUGCUGCAGGACAGCGACCAGAGCACCGCCUUGUCCAUCGCCAUGGAGACGGGCCAUCACGACAUUGCGGUGCUUCUGUACGCACGCACCAACUUCUCCAGAGGACUCAGUGAGGACCAACACUCUGAUGGAUGAAUCCUGCAUGGCCGCCAUCCAACCAUAAUCCAGUGUCAGAUCAAAUAAUCCAGUGUCAAUUAAAAUAAUCCAGUGUCAGAUAAAAUAAUCCAGUGUUAGAUUAAAUAAUCAGUGUCAAU